UGAAUCUUCGUUUUGCAACCUGAAGAUGGAGAAUGUCUUUCUCUCUCAACACUUCCGGCGCAUUCUUCUUCUUCUUCACAUAAUUAUCGCCGUAAAGUUUGUCACCGGAGUUGGUGUCGGUGUUGGCAUUGGCGGCGGAAUCUGGGUUGGAGGAGGACCAAACGGUGGUGGGUCGCCGUCGUCAAGUCUUACUCAGGCUUAUGUUGCUCUCCAAGCAUGGAAAUCUGCAAUCAAAGAAGAUCCAUCGAAGAUUCUAGAAACAUGGGUAGGAUCCAAUGUGUGUGUCUACAAGGGGGUCUUCUGUGUGCAACCUGAACAAGGGUACGGUUUGAUCGGUCAGAAUGAUCCGGUCGUCGCCGGAAUAGAUCUAAACCGUGCAAACCUUCUUGGAACCCUUGUGAGAGAACUAUCUCUUCUCACAGAUUUAUCAAUCCUUCAUUUAAACAGUAACAGGUUCACAGGGUCUGUUCCUGAAAGCUUUAGAUAUCUGUCUUCUUUAACUGAACUAGACCUCAGCAAUAACCAAUUCUCCGGCCAGUUUCCGAUUUCCACUCUUUACAUACCAAAUCUUCUCUACUUAGACCUCAGAUUCAACGCCUUCUCCGGUCCAAUCCCGGAUGAUAUCUUCAACAAAAAUCUAGACGCAAUCUUGCUCAAUAACAAUCAAUUCAGCGGCGAAAUCCCAUCAAAUUUGGGGAAUUCACCUUCUUCCGUCAUCAAUUUAGCCAACAAUAGAUUCACAGGAAGCAUCCCUUUUAGCUUAGGUUACAUGGGUCCAAGGCUAAAAGAGAUUCUUUUCAUCAACAACCAGUUAACUGGUUGUAUUCCUCAAGGGAUUGGGUUAUGGCAGAAUUUACAAGUUUUAGACGUGAGUUUCAAUUCAUUGAUGGGUCGGUUGCCGGAUACGAUUUCUUGUUUGUCUGGCAUUGAGGUUCUGAACUUAGGACAUAACAAGUUGUCUGGUGAAGUGCCGGAGUUGAUCUGUGGUUUGAGUAGGCUGAUGAGUCUGAGUGUUGCGUAUAAUUUCUUUUCUGGGUUUAGUGAAGAAUGUUCGAAGCUGUCGAUUAGGAAUGCUGGUUUUGAUAUAAGUUUGAAUUGUAUAGCUGGGAUGGGAAUGCAGAGACCGCAGCCGGAAUGCUCUGUUAUACCUGGUGGAGGAAUCAAUUGCCUGAGAAUGCCGGUGACGGCGAAACCUAUUGUUUGUGGGAUGCUGUUUGAUUUACAGAAGACAGUCAGUAAUAGGAUUCCAUCUUCUUCUCCUCCAUGAAGAAGAUUUGAUUUUGAUUGAUCUUUGAUUCAAUCCAUACUAAUUAAUUCUCAGGUUAUGAGAGAGAGAGAGAAAGAGAGAUGAUUUUGGGGGGAACAAUGAACAGAGGAUGCUGUUGGUUGUCUGUCACUCAUUAACUGUGAAAAGGUAUUAAAUGAGAAGCUUCCACAUUUGUUUUCUUUUCUCA